AUGUCCGGGGGAAGCAAACAACCCGAAGUUGGCUCGAACGAGCAACGACAAAAGGGCAAAGCGACGCCCGACACCCUGAUGAUAGGUUGCAUCGCAAUGGUGCAAAAAGACGGCGCCUACCGCCGCGCCGAGAUCCUCUCUAUCCGUGAGACCAAGUCCGGCCGACAAUUCUACUGCAACUUUGACAACUUCAACAAGCGGUUGGAUGAGUGGGUGCCUGUGUCGCGAAUCGACUUCGAGCAGGACGUGGAGUGGCCCAAUCCGGACAAGGAUAAGUUGAAGGAUCCGAAGAAAAAGGCGGGGUCGUCGGUGUCGAAGAAGAGCCAGCCGAGCAAGAAGAGCCAAAAGAAGGUUGGGAAGAGGGAGCAGAGUGUUGUGAGUGAGGGGCAGGCCGGGACUCCGCAUCCGUGGACGGAGUUUGUGGAAGGGCAGAAGAAGGGGAAGGUCGAUGGCGAUGAGAAGGGGGUUGCUAGCCUGGAGGUCGGGGCGAAGGGGGGUCAAGCCGGGCCAGAUGAGAUGGAUGUGGACGAGGACGAGACGCCGGCGGGAGCUGCAAAGAAAGAGAAGGCGCCGCCAGCGUUUAACCGCGAACAAGAAAUCGAGAAACUGCGCACCAGCGGGUCGAUGACGCAGAACCCGGCGGAGAUCGCACGCAUUCGCAACAUUUCCAAGGUCGAAUUCGGGCAGUAUACGCUGUUCCCGUGGUACUUCUCUCCCUACCCAGAGGUGUUCAGUCAGGAGGACUGUAUAUAUAUCUGCGAGUUCUGCCUGAGCUAUUACGGGGAUUUUAAGAGUUUCCGCAGGCAUAGGAUGAAGUGCACGCUGCAGCAUCCGCCGGGGAACGAGAUCUACCGGGAUGAUUAUGUCUCGUUCUUUGAGAUCGACGGCAAGAGGCAAAGGACGUGGUGUCGGAAUUUGUGCUUGCUGUCGAAAAUGUUUCUGGAUCACAAGACGCUUUAUUAUGAUGUGGAUCCGUUUUUGUUCUACGUCAUGACGCGCAGAGACGAAAAAGGGUGUCAUAUUGUGGGCUACUUUUCCAAGGAGAAGGAGAGCGCGGACGGGUACAAUGUGGCGUGUAUUCUGACGCUGCCGCAGUACCAGCGCAAGGGGUAUGGUCGAUUGCUGAUCCAGUUCUCCUACGAACUGUCUAAGAUCGAGGGCAAGAUGGGCUCACCGGAGAAGCCUCUAUCCGAUCUGGGUCUACUCUCCUACAGACAGUACUGGUCGGAGCAGAUUAUUGAUCUAUUGCUCGGGUACGCGGAGCGCGACGAGAAGUGCACGAUCGAGGGGAUCGCCACGACGCUGGCCAUGACGACACAGGACGUGGAGCACACGCUGCAGGCGCUCAAGAUGCAGGUGUAUCAUAAGGGGGAACAUAAGAUUGUCAUUCCGGAGAAGCUGAUUGAGCAGAGGGAGAAGAGCAGGGCGAAGCAGAGGCAUGUUAUUGAUCCGAGCAAGAUCCAAUGGAAGCCGCCUGUGUUUACUGCGGCUAGUCGGACGUGGGGUUGGUAG